AUGAGCGGGGACUUCCGCGCGUGGGGCUUCGGCGACAAGGGGCGAGGUGCAGCAGAGUCGGAUGCCUCUGUCGAAGGGCGCCGGCUACACAGCGUUUUGUGGAGAUCAGCGCGUUUGAGAGACGUGCCCGCGGCAGAGCGUGUGCCCGUCUGCAGUCGGUCCUUUGCAGCUGGAGAGAUGCGAACGGCACGGCGCAUACCCAGCAGACAGGUCAGCUCGUCAGGGUCCCAGGCUGACACGAGUCGCCUUGGCUCUGCGCGGCACCAGCGGCGUGCUCAUGCGAGCCAGCCUGCGGCAAAUCGGGCGCGGCACCGAGGGCCGAGCACCUCAAGCAGAGACUGCGAAACGCGCGGCGAGGGAACAGGCGGAGGAGGCGCGCCGCACCGAGCGCCCUUGUCCGGUCUUCCGGUGGCGCCGGUGAGAGACUCCUGCCGCGGAGAAGGCUCACUAGUGUGGGCGCCACGAGCACGGCACACAGGUGCAGAUGGGGGGCGGUACGCCCGCCGGAACGUCGCGAGCCCUGCCUCUCCGGUCCUUGAUGGCGAAAGCCCGCAGGAAGUUCCAGGCGCGGCGCGAUCGGGCCUUCUAGCCACCCGCCGGGUUAGGGAGGCCCCUGUGGGCGCGCGGCGCGCCAGGACGGAUUCGUUUCUUGAGGCCCUCAAUUGCCCUCGUACGCAGUUGCCCACCUCCGCUGGAGCGCUCUCGCUGGGUGCAGAUUCGACGGCGACGCGCCUGUGCAGAAGAGAGAAGGAGGACACUUCCACUCUCGGGCAGGGCCAUGAGCUCUCAUGUGGGGGGGACGGGAGGGCGUCGGGCGACGUCGCUGGGGAAGAGAAGCAACGCGGCAGCGGGCGCCUUGCGGGGGCGACGGAGGUGAACGCCGGCGGUGUCCCCAGCGGCUGGCGCCGCGUGCUUGUUUCCGUUUGGCCGCUGUUAUUUGUCUUCUCCCUCGUGGCGAUUGCCCUCCCGGACGGAGCGCACGCCCUCAUGCGCGACUCGAGGGGCGCGGCAUCAUUCGCGAGCUUCACCUCCACACACUCCACAUCCCGCGUCCUGCGUCCGCUCCACCUCUCCGCGGAGAGCGGGUGCCAGUGGUCCGUUGCUUCGUCGGUUUUCGCCCCUGAAUCCGGCGCCUCCGUUCCGGCGCAGUGCCGCCAGCUCAGCAGAGGCGUGGGCUUUCUUUCGUCCGGGCAGACGCCGGAGUUGCAGGCGUCGCGCGUUUACAAUGCCAGCGCGGCAGUUCCCGCCCAGGCUUGCACGCGUUCGGGCUCGGCAGCGGCUUUUUCGUGCUUCCUUUCUUCACCAAUCUCUUUUGGCCUCUCCGUCCCUACUGCGCUGGCGCCCGUUCGCGUCGCCAGCGCAGCUCGGCGCGAUCCGCGCGGCGUUGUGCUGGCGGAACGCCGAGAGUCUCCCCGCGACACACCAUUCUCUUCGGACCUCUCAGGAGCUACUCCCGCAGCGCUGCAGGCCGCCGCGUCGCGCGCGCAGUCCAGCGAGGACGACGCGCCGGUCGCGCGAACGCAAAAGGAGUGGGUAGAAGAGUUGACGGCAGCGCUGCAGUCCGGCGCCUUGAAGCUCCCCACUCUCACGGAAGAAGUGACUAAGGCAGCAAGGGGGAGGCCCAUCACCCCUCACGGACUCGAUGACCUCAUUGAAGCCGCAGCCGCGGUCCGCGCCGGGCUCCCUUUGCCGUCUCAUCUGAUUCCGUCUGAGGGAGACGAAGACUCCAAAGAUGAUGCAGCAGACUCAACCCAGGAGACCAAGAAGGGCAAGAAGCCUGCGGAGACCAGGUCGCCAAACGAAGGAAAGCGCAGUGUAGCUGCGUACGCAGACGAGGCGCGACAGCUUCAGGCAAACCUCGACGGCGCGAGUGAAGAGAAAAAGCAGUUUUUCUUGAACGCAUAUCGGAGGGAGCUGCGCCACCGAGGCGUGGACGACGCGGACUGCCAAACGGCGCACGACCUCUGCAACCGCCUCGCGUUUGCCAGGGUCUUCAGCAGUUCCCAGGACCGGAAAAGUUCUUCAAAAGCAGGAAAGGAUGCCUCUGGAACGGGGAAGGCUGUGCGGGCUGAAGUGACGGAGGCAGGGCGGUCUAGGAAGUCGCGGCGGUCGCGUACGCGUCGCCUCUUACCCCGGCUCUCGGAGGACGACGAGGACGAGGAAGGCGGCGACGCAGAAGGCGACGAUGCGUCUGGCAUUGUGCAGAUCUCUCCAGGCGUGUUCAUGGCCCGCGGCGGCUCCUUCGGGAGCGGCAGUCCAUUCGACCGGCUCUUUGCCGAUGUCUUCGGCGGCUCCUUCUUCGGAGGAAGGCCUGGGGAACAAGAGGAGGAAGCCGACGAAGGAGACAGCGGGGUGUCGCGGAGACGGGGGGCGCGGGGCGGAAGUCUUUUUGAUCACCUGUUUGGCGGCGACGUGUUCUCCAGCUUGCUCGGUGGCGGCCUCAUGGGAGGCGGCCAGCAGCAUGACGAGGAGGAUGACGAAGGCAGCGCCAGGUCCCGAGUGAAGAAGCUGGACUUCAAGGCGCCAGAGAGCUUGGAAAAAACUGCCGAGAACGGCGCUGCAGAGGACGAUCCACCCGCCGAUGAGACGGAUCCUCGCCUUUUACAGUUGCUGAAUAAAGCACAGAGCCGAGGCGACCCCUCCCUUGUGCUGUUUCUCAGGAAGUCCUUCCAGGAUACGACGCUCCGAGAGCUGCUGCUGGAGGCGCAGACAGCCGGCGUGGCAGCCGCCGAGGCCAAAGCAGACGGUCGAGGGCGAUACGUUCUUCAGAGAUUGAGAGACAAUCAAGUGCUCAGUUGA